AUGCCCAGAAGCCAGUGGGCAGGUCAAGAUGCCGUGUGCAUCAUGGAGGUGCAGCUGGGAGGAUACCUGGAGAGAUGGGUGCAGGCCUGGAGGAUGUCCAUCAAGGAUAACUUUGUUGUCCCACUGCAGGGUCCUCUCUUUUGGCUUGACAAUUCACCCGUCACUUAUUCAAAAUGGGUGAGCCACCCGCAGCCAGGGGCUUCCUGUGCACACAUCCUGAGAGACUCGGGCUUCCUGUGGAAAGCAACAAAGGACUGCAACAAAGAACUGCACUUCAUCUGCCAGUUUGAGGCUGGCAGCUCCAUUGUGUGUCCAGGUUGUAACACCACUCUGCAGUGCAGCUCUGGUCAAGUUUUAAUGAUAGAUGGAGCCUUCCAUGGACGAAAACGCAUGCAUUACUGUCGAUGUACUCUCCUCUCACUGAUGACACCCACACAACAAAAGUGCAGCUGGGUGGAUGUACAGGAAACAUUAGCAGAUCACUGCCAGGGUCGACAGUCAUGCCAGGUUUCUGAACUUGUGGACUCUUUCGGGGAACCCUGCCCUCAUCUUGGGAGCUACCUAUCUGUGGAGUACCACUGCCAAGAAGGACUCACACUGUCAGUGAGCACGGUGGCGGCUGUUUACGAUGAUGUCACCAUCAGAGUGAAGUGGCUUUUAGAUUUACCAAGAGGAAACCUUGAGUGCAAGCUGAGCACUGGAGAAGGGCAGAUUUUUUAUCUGCACAUUUCAGACAGGUUGGAAAGCAGUGUGAUGUACAGAUAUACACAUCCUCGUACAUUUGCUGUGGAAGUCGAAUGCGCCCACAGUGAUAUACACGUCACAGCUCAGAAAAUAAUAACCAUUCAGGAGCCAGUCGCAGGGCUGGGUGUCACCGGGUGCUAUGCCAGGAAAUUGUCUUUUCGUGCUUCCGAUUGCAAAGCCCUUGAUAGAGAGCCAUUUGAAAUACAGAUAGAAGUAAAAGCAGGUUCAAAUGUGACUUACAGAAUCCAGAGAGAUGGUAUGUUAUUGUCCAGUUUAUCUGUGGUCAGAGGAAAUAUUCCCCGCAACAUCACAGUAGCAUCAGAUAUGAUGCAGCAGCUCGGGCCUGGCUGCCACUGGCUGACUCUUUAUGCAUCUAACAUGGUCACGGUCCCAGAAGCCUCUGCAGAGCUGCAGAUGUGUGUGUUGGAGAAAGUAGGUGGGCUGCAGGCCUCUGUGCUGACGGAGCAGUCUGACUGUGAAGACUCCUCACAAAUAACCAUCAGUGUUUCCCUCGAACACGGAGCCCCUGUACAGCUGCUUUUCAUCCUGACCGGAGACAGCAGUUCAGUCUCAGAGACCAGAAAAAUGAGAUCUGUGCAGGUUAAACUCCGAGCCUGGAAUGACUUCUCCUCUUUGGAAGUAGAAGUGGAUAUGUUUAACAUCUGUGACAAGGAUUCACUUGUGGACCAAAGUAGUCAAAAUGACUAUGCUCUCACAUUUUUCAAGACACCGAAAAAUAAACACAUCCGAGUCGCCAGAGGUUCAGACAAACUCACUGCAACAACAGAAGGAUCCAUGGCUGACAACAGUCUUCAGAUCGUACUCUCAGUGGAUCACGGCUUCAGUCUAGAUGUUCCAAACAGAAUUUUUCAGUGGAAAUGCAAAUAUCCCUGUGAAUGUCAAGGGGAUUUCAAUGGAGAAGAACACAUUGUUAAAGGAGACUGCAUACCAGAUCCAUUUGAGUUUAACAAGUACCACUUCAAUGUGCUUGACGUCAGUCAUAAAGUGAAGGAAACUGCGUCCAUUUGUAUCACUUUCACACCUGAGAAAGAAGCUCCAAGCUGGCUGAGUACAUCUUCAUCAGACUCAACAGAACAAAACAGCAAUGAAGACGAUACGACAGACGCUCCUGAUCCGGACACUGCGUCACCUGGCGGUACUAUUUCCACAGCUAAAACCAGCACAACCCGCAGCCCUGCGAGAUCUCCAACUUCUGCUGCUGGAAAAACCACCAAUUUAGUCAUCACUACUCAGAGUGCUACCACAAAAACCACCGCUACCCCUGGUGUGGCCUUGACUCCAUCUAACGCUGCUACCACAAGAAAGACGACCAAGAGAGUUAGUGCUAGAACCGCCACCAGUGCUACGACAACGACCAAGAACGCCGCCAUCACAUCAAACAUUGCCACCACCACUAUUACUUCAGUGACCUCCAACACUGCUCCUGCUGUCACUACAAAGUCUAGUAACACAGCUACUACUGCUGUCACCACAAAGUCUAGUAGCACAGCUACUACUGCUGUCACCACAAAGUCUAGUAGCACAGCUACUACUGCUGUCACCACAAAGUCUAGUAGCACAGCUACUACUGCUCUGACCAGCCCCACUGCUACUGCUGGUCCCUCAUCUUCAACAACAGUGACCAACAGUGAUGCUAAGCUGAAGUGCAGCAUAUCGCCAAACACUGGAACAACCCUGGAUGCAUUCACAAUAAUAUGCAACACUAAAACACCUUGUUCUAAAUGCCAGUAUUGUUUGAAGACCCAGGAUGGGAAACAUCUGCGUUGCAGCCAGAGCAACGAGAUGGCAUCUGUGUUUCUUCCUCCUGGAGACAGCGAAACCAACUACAAGCUUAUUAUCACAGCGACUGCAAAAAAUAGCAGCUUCACUGCCAGUGCUACCAUAGCUACAAAGGUGAAGGAUUACACACCUCCCUCUGGCUCUGCUGGAGGCAGUCUUUCAGCUACGGUGGAAAAUGUCGUUGAGCAGCUGAAGGAACAAGGUCUACUGACAGGAGAGACUGUGGGUCAGAUCUGCAGCUCUGUAUCAAACCAACUGAACAGUCAGUCCAGUGAGUCAGGGAAAGCUGAGAGGCAAAAGCUUCGUGAGCAGAUGCUGUCCAUAAUGACCGACACGUUGAAAGAAUCUCCAUCCAAAAACCCAGAAGCGGUCCAGGUUAUGGCCAGAGGACUCACUGCUGUCUCCAAGAAAGGCUCUGAACUCAGCACCUCUGCUCAGAAAAAAACAUCUGACUCCAUUCUCCUUGCUAUGGACAACACAUUGAGUGCACUUUUAGUGUUAAAAGAUGCUGAUGAGGGUCCAAGCAUUAUCCAAGAAGAUCACAUCAGUUUACUUGUAAACAGGGUGACACCAUCAAAUCUGCAAAAUGAGUCCAUGACCAUUCCCAACUGUUCCUGCAGCUCAUUUUCUCUCCCCACUCUCCCCUCUGAGAUGUUACCUUCAGAUGACCCAGUGGAUGUAAGACUGCUGAGCUUCGAUACAAACCCAUUUUCCUGGAACGAGAAUGGAAACAUCAGCGGCUCAGUCGGUUCGUUAUCCCUCACAUUGACAGAUGGAUCCAAAAUCCCUGUGGAGAACUUGAGUGAUGGCAUUGAGAUUUUUUUGCCAAGACCUGUGGGAGAGCAGGUGAACACGUCGGUUUUGGACCUUGGGAACUACAGCACGACGGUCAUAGACAUCCCCUCAGGAAACGACACUCUGGUGUUAAAGAUGGUGCCUUCAAAAGAUCCUUUACCUUUCAAAGUUCUCCUGGGAUUUAAGGACUACCCCACAGAAACAAAUCAUGUAGCGAUGACAGAGAUGCCUCAGCAGGGAGCCACUCUAGAGGAGAAGUAUACUUGGCUUUUAGACCCAGACACUUUAAAAGGAAACACUGGAGAGCACUACCUUGUAGUGAGGCCUAUCGUAGGCCCUGGUAUAAAAUCCAUCAAUGCCUCUUUAUCCAUUACCCCCAUCACCAGCUCAUGCAAAUUUUGGGAUGAAUCAGCUUUGGGCUGGAGCACUUAUGGAUGCAAGGUCGGAGUUCAGAGCACACCUUCAGCCACUCAGUGCCUCUGCAACCAUCUCACCUUCUUUGGGAGCUCUUUCUUCGUGACACCUAACCUUGUUGACCCGUCACGAACUGCUGAGCUGUUUGCGACUUUUGCAGAGAACCCAGUGGUUGUCUGUUUUGUGGGGGCGCUCUUUGUGGGGUAUUUAGUGGCUGUUAUAUGGGCACGAAGAAAAGACAUUAAGGACACAGUAAAGGUAAAGGUGACCGUGCUGGAUGACAACAAUCCAAUGGAUGAAUACAGAUACUUGUUAAGUGUGAGCACUGGGUAUCGCAGAGGAGCCUCCACUUCCUCACAGGUGGCGAUAACGCUCAUGGGCACGGAGGGAAACAGUGAACCACAUCACCUGAUGGAUCCAAAGAAAUGUGUGUUUGAGAGGGGCGCUGUGGAUUUGUUUCUUCUAACUACACCCUUCUCACUGGGAGACCUGCAGAGCAUCAGACUGUGGCACAACAACUCAGGGAGUCAUCCUGCCUGGUAUGUAGGUAACAUCAUGGUGCAGGAUCUACAAACGGAGCAGAAGUGGCAUUUUCUCUGCAAUUCCUGGCUGGCCAUUGACAUUGAUGACUGUUCCCUGGAUAAAGUUUUCCCAGUUUCACCAGAGGUGGAGCUGAAAAGGUUCAGUAAUUUGUUCUUCAUGAAGACGACAAAGGACUUCAGUGACGGACACCUCUGGUACUCUGUUGUCAGCCGUCCUCCCUGCAGCACCUUCACCUGUGUUCAGAGGGUUUCCUGCUGCUUCUCCCUGCUGCUCUGCACCAUGCUGACCAGCAUCAUGUUUUAUGGCAUCCCAACAGAUCCCUCUGAGCAGACGCUGGACCUGGGUCAUUUCGAGUUCACCUGGCAGCAGUUCAUGAUCGGUGUUCAGAGCUCUCUCAUCAUGUUUCCAGUGAAUAUCCUCAUUGUUAGCGUUUUCAGAAACACUCGUCCUUGGGAAACAUCAUGCCGCAAGCGCAAAGCUGUUAAUACGGAUGCUCUUGAACAGCUUUCUAUCUCACAGACUGUUCCCACCAAUGUGAAUGUCACUAUAGACACCCUUACCAAGGAUGUAAUGAGAAUGGCCCUUUCACUUUCUACAGCAGUAAAAAGCAACAAUCCAUCCAAAGAGUCUGAGUCUGGACCUGGACAACAUGUUGAUAUAAAUGCUGUCCUGUCUGAAGUGGAGGACUACAUUAAACAGAACAACAAAAACAGAGAGGAUACCCAGUCCAAAGACCUGAACUUAAACAGCCAGAGUCAGCCUCAGAUAGCAGAGGGCCCUGCUGGUAUGCAUCCAUCAACAGAGGAGGGGAUUCAGAAGAAGAGCAACAAAACUCAGUAUCUCUACCGGCAGCUGUGUCACAUUGACAGACAGCUGACUCUGCUGGGGCCUUCUGGCUUCCCGAGCCCACAGAGCUACAGCCAGGCUCUGCAGCAAGUCCAGGGCAUGAAGGGCUCUCUUGAAGAUCAGCUCCUCAAAUUCAGCUGUGCCAAGCCAUGUGAACCCAUCCAGAAAAAGCCUAGCCCUACAGAUAGGGCUGACAGUGAAGAGAAACAGAAGGAGAAAAAGGGUUGCUGCCAUGGAGGGCUGCCCUGGUGGUUUAUUUUCAUCGGCUGGCUGCUUGUGGUUGGGACGAGUGUCGUAGCCGGAUACUUCACAAUGCUUUAUGGCUUGAAAUUUGGGAAGGAUCGCUCUGUGAGCUGGUUGGUGUCUCAGACAGUCUCCUUUUUUCAGAGUAUCCUGGUCAUACAGCCAUUAAAGGUUGUAUGUCUUGCGAUCUUUUUUGCACUUGUCAUAAAGAGAGUUGAUGAAGAAGAUGUUCAAAACAUAGCCUUCGAGGGAAAUAAUGGGAAUCAAGGUGAAUUUAAGGACCAGAAGACAGUCAGACGGGAUGACAGUCUCUAUGCGCCCCCUCCUGCUGCAGAUAUUGAAAAGAUGAAACGGAACAAGAUCAUGGAACAGAAAGCCUUCGCCCUCAUCAGGGAGAUUCUGACCUACCUGGGGUACAUGUGGAUGCUGCUGCUGGUGGCGUACGGUCAGAGGGACCCAAAUGCUUUUUUCCUGAACCGGCACAUCCGGCAGAGCUUCAGUAGAGGGAUCUCACACAGCAUAAGUCUCAGUCAAGUCUUCACCUGGGCCAACACAUCUCUACUAGAGAACCUUUUUGGAGUUUACCCAGGGUUUAUCACAGAUGGAAAUUCCAAACUGGUGGGUAACGCUCGUCUUCGCCAGUUGAGAGUCCAGGCCAACUCCUGUCAAAUAGCAGACUCUGUGGUUGGGAUUGUACGAGACUGUAACGCUCUGUACUCGUGGGAGGUGGAGGACAUGGGCUCCUAUGACCCUGGCUGGACGCUUUCAGCGGGGGAUAAUAUCUCUAACAGCAUCUCCAGCCCAUGGAAAUACCAGACACAGGAUCAACUAAGGGCUUAUCCCUUCUGGGGAAAAAUAGAGCUCUACAGGGGAGGAGGAUUUGUGGCAGAGCUUGGCCCAGAUUUACAGAAUGCUAGCAGGUACGAACAGGAUCUGUUCAGAAACAAAUGGCUGGAUGUUUACACGAGGGCGAUCUUUGUGGAGUUCACCGUCUAUAACGCCAAUGUGAACCUCUUUUGUAUCGUCACACUCUUACUGGAGACCACAGCCAUAGGAGCAUUUCAGUUCUACAGUGAGCUGAGGAGUGUUCGUCUUUACCAGUCAACCGGUGCUCUGCAUGUCUUUGUGAUGGCUGCUGAGAUCAUAUACAUGCUCUUCAUCCUCUACUACAUGUUUCUCCAGGGAAAAUUAAUGAAGCAGCAGAGACUGGCUUAUUUCAAGAGCAAGAGGAACAUCAUUGAGCUGACUAUCAUCUUACUGAGCUGGAGUGCCUUUGCUGUUUACAUCAAAAGGACCCUGCUAGGAAACCGGGAUGUGACCUUCUACCAAAACCACAAAGACCAAUUUGCCAGUUUCUAUGAAACAGCCGCAGCAGACUCGGUGCUCCAGUAUCUGAUCGCCUUCCUGGUCCUGCUCUCCACCAUCAAACUGUGGCACCUGCUCAGACUGAACCCUAAGAUGAACCUGAUCACUGCCACACUGGAGAGGGCCUGGAGUGACAUUUCUGGUUUCCUGUUGAUCAUUGCGAUCAUGGUCUUAGCCUAUUCCACAACAAGCAAUGUGAUUUAUGGCUGGAAGUUGAACCACUAUAGAACUUUCACUGACGCUCUCCUCACCAUCAUCAGUUUGCAGAUUGGCAUCUUCAACUAUAAUGAGGUCUUGAGCGGCAGCCCCUGGCUUGGUGGGAUUCUCUUCGGCUCCUGUACUGUGUUCAUGUCCUACAUAGUGCUGAAUCUCCUCAUCUCUGUCAUCCUUGUUGCAUUCACUCGGGAGCAAAUUUACCACAAGCCCUCAGAUGAGGAGGAGAUUGUCGACCUGAUGCUGAAGAAAAUCUGCAGUUUUUUCGGCAUCAGAUACAAAAAUACGACAGACACAAAGGGGCCUGAUGGAAAUGGAGACGUGGACUCGACUCUUAAUAACAACAAAAACAUUCAUUACAGUUCUUCAAUCGAUGCCAACAUUUUUCAGAUUCCUGACCACUCCGUGCCGGUUGAUGGAGCAUCAGCUCACAUAGACCAGAACUAUCUACUGAGGAGAAGGGCCAUGAGUGACCUAGCACAGUUAAUGCGAGGUCAGAUGACAAUGCGUUGGAUCAUCAUGAGCUUGUCCCUCAGUGUCAAGAUGGAGCAUGCGGAGCCCUGGAUGAAGGUCAUGGAAUAUCUGUCGGUGGACCUGCAAGAUGCUGGGAUUGCAAUGUUCAUCUUGAUUCGGGGAUUACUUCUAGUGAACAGGGGGUCCAGACCUGGCCCAGACUUGAAUCCAACAGGGAUGCUGUGGAAUGACCUCAAGAGAGCUGUUCACACCAGACAAAAUAUGGGAGAGCUGAAGAAGUUCUGUAAGGAAGAAUGGUCCAAAAUUCCUCCUGAACAUUGUGCAGGUCUGAUCAGCAGCUACUAG